AAUUCACUUAAUGGCAGCAAUAGCAAUCAACGAAUGAGUUUAUUUUUUUUGUAAGAACAUCUAUUUCUAUCUGUUGAAAUCUGAUAAAGUACACACGAAGCAUGAAUUUACAAGAGUUUUGAAACAAAUCUAUAUUUUAGUGUGAAAUAUGACACGUACAAACAUCAUCUAGAAAUGUUACUAAUAUUCCCAAAUGCGAUAACUUUCCACUUGCAUUUAAUUUUGAUUCGUUCUAGGAAAUAGGUACAUUCACUUUGUAUAUUUAACGACUUGGGAUUAUGGCUGCAACGUUUUCUUGCCGUUUGUGUUAAUGUUAUUGUGUUCUCAAAAUGGAGGUUAUUCUAAUUUUGACCAUGGUAACGUUUGGAUUGGCGUAUGACAAAGCUUCAUUUUAUGGGGCGAGCUAUAUUUCAUAUCCACUUCAAGAGGCCAAAGGAAUUACUGACAUUAAUUUUCGAUUUCGAACUCAUCUUUCUGAUGCGCUAUUGCUGCUUGCAGCUGGAAAGACUGACUAUUGUAUGAUACGUCUUGAGAAAGGAAGACUAAAAUUGAACAUAAAUCUUGGUGGAGGAGAAAGUGAACUAUUUUCGCCCAGAGGAACUCUAAAUGACAGCCAAUGGCACCAUGUCAAUAUUAUUCGCCGGGAGGCUAAUCUCACCAUGAAGAUUGAUGACAGUGUUGUAAGGAAGAGAUUUCCUGGAAGAUUUUUUGAAUUAAACAUUCAUUUUGGUAUAUUUCUCGGAGGUCAGGGUGAUUUCUCUGAAUUAUUUUUGGGUCAUAUGGAAAACUUUCGUGGCUGCAUGGAAGAUGUAUAUUACAAUGGGGUAAAAAUUAUAGAGAAGGCUAGAAGCCGCUCUGGGUCUGUACGUGUCGAGGGUGUUACAUGGAAUUGUGCUCCUGAAUUUGAUGCUGAUAUCAACUCAGACAUUAGUUUCAUUGAUGAAGGAGCUUACUUGAUACUACCCAAGAUAAAUUCCAGAGCGGGUGGACGGUGGCAAAUUGAAUUCAAAACAAUUGCUCAAAAUGCCAUAGUUCUGUAUAAUGCUGGUGGCGGUCGUUCCGAUUUUUUGGCUGUUGAAAUUCUGGAAGGUGCAGUAAGAGUCAAAAUGGCAUGUGGACAAAUACUUCACACUAUGCGAGUUAACGAUGGACAGUGGCAUAAACUUCAUUUGUUGUUCAACCCUUCACUUAUUGAGUUAUCUGUGGAUAAUAUCGCAAUGAGCACCCGUAUCGAAAGUGGCGGUACGAGGUAUUUAGAUCUAUCCGAUUCUUUCUAUCUUGGAGGUAUUGAAAACGAGAAACGACAGAGAGCAUUCGCUAAAGGAAUCAAAGCUGCUGACUCGAGUAUUAUGGGCUGUAUAAAACCAAUAGAAGUUGAUGAUAAAGUAUUUGGUUUACCCAGUGCAGUAGUAACAUAUGGUGUAAGCCCUAAAUGCGUAUGGUACUAUCCGUGCCAUGCAAACCCAGGGAACCCUCCUUGUGUGGUCCAAGCUGUGUGUGAACAGCAUGGUGUUGAUGAUUUCACUUGUAAAUGUGAUUCAGACCUGUGCAUAAGCCCUGAUUAUGCUGAAAAGUACAAGGUAUUCUCAAAGUCGAGUAGCGAACUUGAACUAGUAGCCCUAUACCCCCUUACUGUUCAAGAAGGCGGCGUGGCAGUUGUUACAACACAAAAUAUCGAUGUGGUAUUAGAUCAUCAUAAGUAUGGGGUCAGACCUUCAGGAGUUGUUUUUUACGUCGCACAGUCACCAAUGCACGGAAGGAUAGCAAUCGACUUAUCGUUACAGAGAAAUUCACCACAGUUUAACUAUGUCGAAACAGACGGCAAGACAAAACAAUUUUUUACACUUUUGGAUUUAUCUAGAGAUAAGGUGCGAUAUGUUCACGACGGCUCCGAAAACCAUCAAGAUGCUAUAGUAUUGGAUAUGGAGUUGACUCAAGAGACAAAAUUCACGUUACCCAGCUAUUUACAGGGCCGGAAUACUUUUGUUCUGCAUGUAAACGUAACGCCAGUCAACGACCCACCAGUUCUCAACUUACUGCCAGGAAAAGUGCUUAGGCUUACUCAGGGUACACGUAAAGUGAUCACUUCUGACAUACUGAAGGCAGAGGAUCCAGACACGCUUACAGAAGACUUAUUGUAUACCGUUUUACACGGAAAAAACGAAGCCAACAGUGGCCACAUCGAGAUGUCAGGACAGCCAGUUGACUCAUUCACGCAACAUGAUAUAGAUGCUGGACUGAUAUCAUAUGUACAUGGCACUAAUGGUGAAAAACAAUUGAACAAAACUUCACUAAGGCUUACUCUGCAGGUAUCUGAUGGCAUAGAGACCAGCGGUCCAGGUAUACUUCGCAUAUCGAUAGUACCGUUACAAGUCAGAUUAGUCAACAAUACCGGCUUGCAACUCGUUCACAAUUCUUAUGCAAUCAUAACAGCUGACAACCUGACUUUCGCUACUAAUGCAGACGAGACCAAUGUGCAAGUCAAAUACGAUAUAGUGAAGCCUCCACAAUUUGGUGUAGUAGAAAGGUUACGAGUACUGGAUGGAACGUGGCAAACUGUCGAUUCAUUUACAAGCGAAAUGGUGGCAUUCGGUGCUGUUAGAUAUAUGCAUUUACUUGGAAAUCCUAAUCAUGAUGAGUUUAAAUUUAAAGCAUCCGUUGGAUCUAUACGAACGAACACAUUAUACGAUUUUCGAUUAACAUUUAUCAAACUCGAACUAUAUCAAUCGAUUAACGAAGAGCUAGUGCUGAACAACACUAGAGAAGCGUUUAUAUCGGCGCAACAUCUACGAUUUAAAACAAAACCGUUAGCCUUAUCGAACGAUCGAAUUGUUUAUACGAUACUCCGACCACCGAAAUACGGCAUUCUUCAUUUGUCAUCCGGAAAACAUCAUUUACAAAUUCACAAUACGUUCACACAGCAAAACAUCGACGCUGAUCAAUUAUGGUAUCGUUUACAUAGACGUGCUUAUUCGCACAUACAAGAUGAGUUUCAUUUCGUCGUCGGAGCUACGGAAUGUGAAAAUAUCACUGGAGUUAUGAUGAUAAGGCACGUACCGAGCUCAAUUUCAUUCGAUCAUUCCCCGAAUCGAGUGCGCACGACUUUAGAAAGACUUCAAGUGUCAGAAGGUUCUAGAAUGGUCAUACCAGCAACGCAUUUGAACUUCAGAACCGAUGUAGUAACGAAUUUAAUAUUCAACAUCACUCAUUUACCGAAACACGGAAAGAUUGAAGUUAUAACGGAUAUGCUAAAGAUUCUUAGAGACAACACGACAUAUUUUACUUUAGAAGAAUUGAAUUCUGACAGAGUUUAUUACGCGCACGACAAUUCAGAAAGUCGACACGAUUCAUUCCACUUCAUGGCGUUGAGUCCAGAGCCCGAGGAUUUCCAAUAUGUUGGAGUAUUUCAUAUCGAUAUAAUUCUUAAAAACGACAACAGCCCAGUGCGAGUUAACAACAACACAUUUCACAUCGUACACGGCGGCGCUAGACUUAUUACAGCACGAGAUUUGAGUUACACCGAUGCAGAUUUGGACACAAAAUCUUCAGAUAUUGUUUACACUGUGCAGAGGUCACCGAAAGACCCACCCAACGGUGGUAUAUUUAGAGCUGAUAAUCCAUCGGAGCAAAUAGCGACGUUCACUCAAGACGAUAUUAAUAAAAAUUUGGUUUUGUUCAAACAUCAAGGCAAAGAGUACGGGAAGCUUGCGUUUUGGGUGUCGGACGGCAGGUACGAUGUUAACGGUAACUUGGAGAUACAAGCAUCACCGCCCUUUAUAAGAAUGUACCCAUCAAACGGAUCUAUCAUGGAGAAUGGGAAGGCUGUGGUCAUCACACCCAACGAUAUGCAGGUGGACACGAAUAUGAAUUGUUUAGAGGAGGACAUUCGUUAUGAGGUAACUUUGGAACCGAAGCAUGGCUCCAUAGAAGUGGGUGAAGGUCAAGGCGCUUACACUUUCACUCAGUUAGACAUAGCGGCUGGAAGAGUGGCCUACAGACACAGGGAACCCAAAACACCCUCCGAUCAGUUCAGAUUCAAAGUGAUGUGCCUUGACACAUGGGGCGAGGGAAUAUAUACGGUAAAGAUAUUUCCGUCGAGCUAUUGGGAACCGUUGAGGGUGCAAACUAACACACCGCUAUUUGUUGAGGAAUCUACAAGCGUUAAUAUCACCAAAGAUGUCUUGGAAAUUAUGCAUCCACAAAUCGAACCUUCAAACAUAAUUUACAAAGUUACAGAGGGUCCAAAUCAUGGAUGGCUCGAAAUCGCUUCGACUCUUGGAAGCUUAGAACCAGAAAAUCACAACGAGGAACCGAUCCACACCCGAGUGUUCGAUCAAUCGAUUAUAAACUCGAAUCGAUUAGUCUACGUGCAAUCUGGCGUCAAUCGCACUCGCGACCGAAUCAAAAUGGACGUCACGAACGGGAUUGUUUGGCUGCGUGAUAUAGAAAUGUCAAUAGUGAUAAUACCUGAACACUUUUACAUAAUGGCAUCGAAUUUAACUGUAGUUGAAGGUGAAUCGAUCAGCAUGAGGCCGGAAUUAUUCAAAACGAUUACAGAUUAUUAUAGGGGUAAAGUUGUAUCGUAUAAAGUCGUUGAGAAACCAAAGUACGGAAAAAUUAUGAUGGGAGAUCAGGAGUUGAACUUGUUGCCAGUUUUAAAAUUAAAUUCUGGUAAUAUUCAGUAUGUUAACGACGGUUCCGAAGAGUCAUCAGAUGCCGUCAAACUUGUCGCAUUAACUGAAAACAAUAAGGAAAGCGAACCGUUUUAUAUUCGUAUAACUAUAGUGGCCGUGAACGAUGAAACUCCUAUAGUAGCGGCCAAUACGGGACUCUGUGUUUGGGAGGGAGGCACAUUUACAUUCACCAGGAGUGAGCUUUAUGUCAACGAUAUCGAUACUCCUCUAGAGAAUGUGACGAUACGAGUUGUCGAUAUAGUGUCGGGGUACAUCGCUAUGAAGGAAAAUAUCGAGAGAGCGGUCGAUCACUUCACUCAGGCUGAUAUUGAUAAAGGAAAAGUCAUUUUUGUACACAAAAAUGGAACAAAAGGAAAGAUGAUAUUCAACGUGACUGACGGACUUCACGAACUCUCUAAAAUUACAUUCCUAAUCUCGACAAAAUCGGUUUCAAUAAAGCUUAUUAGAAAACAAAAUUUACGAGUAUUCCCCCUGAUGAGGGAACCGCUAACCAACAAUAUAUUGAUGUCUAAAUGUUCGGAUCCUUCCAGAAGCAUUUUGUAUAAAAUCGAAAGGGCACCAACUUUAGGUAGAUUGAUAAUGUUAAACGGGGAGAAUCGUCACAGAUCAAUAAAACAAUUCACUCAACACGAUCUGAACAAUUCUGUUGUGUAUUACGAACACACGCAUCCCUUUUCCGAUUUGUAUACAAACGAUUCAUUCGUAUUUACGGUUGAAACAGCACUGGCCAAGCCUCUGACCGAUCAAAUAUUUAAUAUCGAUAUAUCAGUGUCGUCCGGAGGACUGUCUAAAUACGUUUACAUACCGCAGAUAAAGGUUCAAGAAGGCGAUAAAGUACCGAUCAAAGUGAACGUUUCCAACGUUAUAUCUUAUUUAGAGACACAGGCCGGAUUGCGUCAACCGCAAAUAGAAGCUCAACUGUCGCAACCUUCGCACGGUGAACUAAAACCAUUGUGGCUGUCUUUGACUCAGUAUCAACUAGAAAAUGGUGUUGUGAACUACGAGCAUGACGAUUCGGACAGUUUGAAUGAUAAAAUUGAUAUGUCUCUGUACCUAUUGCCGGAUUACGUUUUGCUUUGUAACGUGACCGUACCGAUUCACAUAAUGCCGGUGAACGAUCAGCCUUUUAGAUUAUUGACGGACACACCCCAGAUACAGGUCGUUCAAGGCGAGAAUUAUACGAUAACGAAAAACGAUUUGCUCACCGAAGACGCGGAUACAAGUCCAUCGGGUAUAUUGUACGAUAUCAUUAGCGGCCCGACUCAAGGGAGGAUCGUGAUGAUCGACAGGAACCAGACCGUCGAUGAGGCGCAAUCGAUAAACAAGUUCACUCAAGACGAUAUAAACAGCGGUCGAAUUAUAUACGAGCAUUCCGGUAUAUUACAAACAGCCACGUUUUAUUUCAGAGUGUGGGACGGUCAGUUCAAGCCCACGUACACGGUAUUCACGAUAGACGUUGUACCGGUAAUACUGAACGCUACUUCGCUACAUCCGAUACAUUUACAACAGGGUUCAAACGUGGCGGCCAUCACUCCCGAACAGAUAUACGUAGAAACGAACGCGAGGAUUUCUAAAGUCUGGUACAACAUCACCCGUCCGCCGAUACACGGUCUGAUAUACGUCAGCAGCAAUCCCGUUACGUAUUUCACUCAUAAAGAAUUGAUCGAGAAAGUCGUUAUUUACAUGCAAAACGACAUGACGACGGCCAAUGAUAGUUUUGAGUUGAUCGCAUGCGUACAUAACAGUAAUGCAACGCCGCCGUUUGCAAUUGAGGUUGUAGUGCAACCUUUGAUGACGCUGAGUGAUUUGAGGGUAGAAAGCGAAAAAGUUAAGAUCACCCUUAACACAAUGGACGCGAGUAGCCUGGCUAAGCUGACAGUCAGCAAUCCGAUAUACACGUUACUUAAGAAACCUAAAUACGGCACUAUAAAGAAAAUAAUUAGGAGCUCCGGUGAGAAGACCAGUGCAAGGGAGCGAGAAAUAGCGUACUUCACGCACGAAGACCUCAAGGCGGGCGUCAUAUAUUUUGUUAUAAAGAAAAAACUAUCGGAUUUGAACGGCUUCGAAGACAGCUUCAGAUUUUUGUUAGCGACCACGUUAUUUCAGCCUGCGGCUGGUGAAGUUAAAAUAAUAAUUGGUAAUAGGCAGAAGAAGAAUUUGCCGGGCCCCAAUGAUCCGGAGAGUCACGAAGGAAUUCCAGUGGCGAAUACUGAAACCGCUUCAUACUACAUGAUGAUAUUAAUGGCGCUUCUUGGUACUGUGCUAGCGAUUGUAGUUAUAUUCGGUUUGAUAAAAUGUCGUCGUAUAUUGGCCCGCGACCAGAACGCCUUAGUAAAGAUACACGGGCAAAGUCAGGGAGCGGUCGCUCCUAUACCGCUGCCGAGGCCUCCUGACCACCUCAUGCCCUCACCGAGUCAAGGAACACCACCGAUUAAACGUUACGUAUCAUCAGAACAGUCGGUCCAUACUGGUGCCAGUACGCCUUUACCGUCUGGAGGUAGCGUCGCGUGUAAGGUUACACCGUUAGCUGACGCAGGACUACCGGACCUUAAUACUAGAUACCCUUACGGAGCUGAGGACCAUACUGACGCAGAAGACUGGAGCAGCUACGAGGCAAGCGAGUCUGCGUAUCCGAUCCGAGCGCCCGGUGUGGCACCUACGAACCCGAUGCUGAGACGCAACCAAUACUGGGUCUGACCCAAGCAUACCUGCACGCUGCCCGGGCCGCCCAGACCUGCUACUCUAAAAGCGAACGAAGAAAAAUGCGUACCACUGAGCCGCCGGCGACGCGUCGAAUUAGUUCCUACGCCUUUUCUACUAAGCAAUUACACGGUACCGCGUAAACAGAAAACUUGUGAAAUAACGGUUUAAAAAAACGACCGACUGAUAACACCAAUACGUCAUGCCUUAAGACACCAAAUCUCGAACCACGUUCCAGAACUAAUUUUAUCCAUUUUAUAUAUUAUACAAUUCAUUAAUUUACCAUGACUAAAUAGGAUCAAUUUUUUUUAUAUCGAAUAGGAAAUGUCACUGUAUAUUAAUUAAUAAACAUUAUUCAUUUUGAUGUAUGCGAAAAUAUUAGUACGAUGCUCAAAAUUUAUUAAGCAUCUCUAAAAAGUUUAGUAAUAAAAAGUCCGGGUUUAUUUUUCGGGACAUCAAAUUAUUUUAAUAGCGCUUCGUCUAUGGGUUUCUGCACACUCCUUGUACGACAGUCCAAAUACUUAAUAACAAUAAAAUAAUUUUGAGGGUCUCUUUGUUUAUUUAAUAAUCAAAAUAAUUUUUAUAAUGAGUUUCGUUUUCUGAGAUAUUUCGUUGCCUUGAAGAAUAAAAACAAUGAAAUCAAAUUAUUUACUUCACGCGGUAAAACGCCAUUAUAAUCCACGAUUAUAAACGUCAGGUGUCGAUGGUUUCAAAAAUCAUUAAAGUUUCUGAUAAUUCUCAAAACGCAGGACGUCGUAUGUAAGUAACGUAAAUUUCAUUAUUCCCUAAACUAGUGUUGUCGAAAGAUGAAUAUUUAUCGAUACUUCGCCUGAAUAAAUUUAAAUGUUAAAUGUAAUGUUUCACGUAAGAUAAAUAGCCAAUUAGUGCCAAAUUUUGAAGCAAUAAAACGUACAUAGGAAUUGAAGACAUUUAACGAUAUAAAACGUAAAACUGAAUUUUUUAUGAUAGUAUUUAUGAACUUCUUUCGACUUCUACAAAUUGUAAAGCUAAUAUGCGUUUUUGAUUGAAUACUUAGAUAUUAAAGAAAUAAGGACUAGAGAUAUGUACAGUUAUGGAAAAAAUAAUAUAGAUAUAGCAGAAUGGAAAUUUAAAAUGUUUUUUUAAUAGACUUACUCUCGAACGAAUUCCUAUUACGUAAUACCUCAGUAUUUAGAGUGCUCUUUGAUUGUAUUGCGGGUAAAUAAAAUAAUUUGAAUUUUUUUUUACAUAAAAUAGAAAUAAGUACUAUAUACAGUUUUAUUUAUAUAUAUAUUGAAUUAGAAUAUUUCGUUCUCGUCGACAUGUGCUCACGUGUACGAUCUUUUGGAGUAUGUAACUGUCUCCCUGAACUGGUUUAUCAAAGUUAUAAUUAUACAAAGGAUAACAGUUAUAUAUCGGCAUCAAAAUGUGAGAUUUACAAAACUAUGGAGGGUAGAGGUAAGGACUACCAUCUUGUAUAGGGGACAAGUCGAACAAGUGUUCCCCUGUAAACAGCAGGUUAUUGUUAGAAGACUCUAUGGAAAUAGUGCUAGUGUAGGAACUGGAAAUGAUAUGAAUAUAGCAGUUUUAAACAGAACGAAGUGUGAUAGUUUACGAGAGCUGUUUUUAAAAUCCUUCCAUUUGCUACAGUAGCGCCGCGCCACCUUGAUUGACUCCUUUUCAGUGGAUACUUUUUAAUUCACUGAAAUGGUUCUCCUUAUUUCAUCAUCAUCAUCAUCGCUCUCCUGCCCUUCUCCCAGAUCACCUGGGGUCGGCGCAACAUGUUUUCUCCUUCCACACUCCUCUAUCAUAUACCGUUUCUUCGCUCACUGCCCUCUUACACAUAUCGUCUUUCACGCAAUCGAACCAUUUCUUUUUAGGUCUCCUUCUCCUUAUUUCUACCCUCCAUAUAUAAAGCGAAUGGAAUAAUUGUUGACAUAGCGCUCACUUACUCCCAAUUCAGUAUUAGUGGCGGACAAUGUUCCGAGUCUGAAUAGAAUCCUCUGGCGUCUCUUGAGGACAUUGAUUUGUUCAAUAUUGAGGCGUAAAAGGCUAUUUGGUUUAAACGACGAUUUUUGUAUACAGGAGAGCCAUUUAAAGUUGAAAAUUUUGAGUCGUCGGCUAUUUGAAUGAAGUAAACUUAAUUGAAGUUCAAUUAAAAACAUCGAACUGUUGAUGUUAAUAUAUACAUAUAAAUAAAAUUGGAGUGUCUGUUUGUAAUAUUGAAAUAACCGCUUUUUACUACAUGCAUAUUAUGAAUAUAUCUACGGUACAUACACCAAAAUAACAUUUUUUACAAUUUUUGACGACACUCAUUGAUAGGUUGCUGAUGAUAUAAGGAGUAACUUAGGCUACUUUUUUAGACUAGCUUAGCCCCGCGAUGCUACCCGUGGUACCGAUAAUAACAGCGGGUAACAUCGCGGCCCUAAGCUAUCAAUAAUAAAAUUUAAUGUUUCCGAAGCGAAGCCAGAGCGGGUCGCUAUACUUAAACGCACCUUUACCAAUUACUUUGCAGUUGGUAAAUCUUGCUAAAAAAGCUAAAUUUCGCUUCAAUCAAAAAAACUCUCGAUAUGAGUAUUUCGUAUUACGUGCCCAUUCCCGAGUCCUUGUAAAUUUAAAGUCAAUCAUUCAUUCAUUCAAAUUCCAAAAUUCAAAAGUCAGUACUCCGUGAUCUCCAGGGAAAGCUGAAGAAAGCGCACACGUGAUAAAUGUAACACUCACCUAGCGUAUUAAGAAUUAUAUUACUUAGAAUCGUCAAAUGAUGCUCCCGAUAUUGGGAAUUGAACUAACGUCGCGGCCAAAGGUACGUUUAUUUUAAGAAUCGUGUUCCAUAAUGCACGCACACGCGUUAUAUAAUAAAAUACUAAGAACUGAAAAGAAAACUUAAUUAAACAAACAAUGUUUAAUAUUCGUUGGCGCGUAAACGCCAAGAAAACGUUGCCAACUAAAUAUAAUAAACCAAUAAAAAUAUAACCAAAAUUAUAUUAUUUGUUAGCGAUUAAAUUAAAUAUUAUUAACGUUAUAUUAUAUAAUAAAUACAUUUAUUAUCCUUUAUUAAUCGUUUAGUUGAAUUACGUAAUCGAUAUUAUUUACUUAUCGAUUUUUUUUUAUGUAAGUUGAUGUAAUUUUAUUAAUAUGUAAUUUUAGUGUUUGCAUAUAACAUUAAUUAAUAGUUAUAGAUAAGUUCUAUUUGAAACCGAACGUAAGCCAAAGAAUUUCUAAUUAUUUUGAUGGUACUUAAAAAUGUAGUACUUAAGCCAAAUAAUAAGGUAAACCCAAUGGAACUGAAUCUAUUUACGUUGUUACAACUAUGUUCACGUUAUAAUCGGGUAUUGAUUAUUGUAUUAAAACAAAAACCUUCCGCAUUUUAGUUGAAAAUAAUGUUAAUUCUAUUUAUCAAAUCUUUAUUCAUAUUACAAUGUGCCAAAUGAUGCAUUAGAUAAUUAAAUAAAUGUUGAUAUCGUAUAGAUAGCACAUUAGUUAAGUUUAAAAAAAAGGUUUAUUCCAAUGCAAUGAAAUUUGUGUCAAUAGCUGAAAGUUUACUCAUCAUUCUCCUGCUCUUCUCCCAGUCACGUGGGGUCGGCGCAACAUGUUUUCUCCUUCCAUAUUCCUCUAUCAUAUACCAUAUAUACAAUAGCUGAAAUUUUACUGCAAACUACAAUAUUACAAGAAAUCCGUGCGUAUCGCAAAGUAUUGUAAUAUUUAUUACCGUGCUCAAUGAUGCCUUUAUUCAUAUAUGAUACCCCUGUAGAUGCUAGUUGUAAUAUAAUGCCAAUUAAUCAUGAACCUCAAUGUCUACGAAAUAGAUCAUAAAACAACUUAGUCAAUUUCACAAGCGCUCUAAGCAUUUAUUAAAAGAUAAAUUUAGAAUAGUAAUAGUAAUAAUAAGCGAAUCCUUGAAUGUUUGUUAUACUGGAAUGUUUAAAUGACAAAUAAAAAGUAAUACACGAAUAGAAAGUCAUAUAAAUGAAUAGUUUAAUUAGGUAAUUAAAGCAAAAAAAAAUACAGUAAUUCUUUAAUGUUCUUGGUAACUUCAAUAGAUGUCGGACAGAAAUCGGUUUAAAUAUCUUUAUAGGUACCAAAUGUAUUGACGAAUGAUCACGCAAAACGAUGUGAUGAAGUGAUAUUACUAAAUUUAUAAAUGUUCGUAAAUAUUGCGUCUAAUGAUCAACCGGUAACGUCGUACUAUUUCUGCCGCGCGGUAGACGUAGUGCUUGAAGGGCCAAGAUCGGGACAUUUUCCGAAGAUUAUUUACAAUGUUACGUGCCGCCGUCUCGAAAUAAACUUUCUACAAAUUUAGUUCCCGGUCUAUGUUUCCGUUACGAUGUAGCUACAUACGUACACACAAUUCAUCAUAAAUAUAUUCGUCUCAAUUGAAAACUAGCGAAUCACGCUAAUAUUAAUUCGUAGAAUAUACAGACGCAGUGCACAACUAUGCACCGUUUGUAAGACGUGUUUCCGAUACACAGCCUUUGAUAUAAUGUUGUAGUAUUAACGGAAAUAUCAAUAAAUUUUGUGUUGAUUAUUUAGAAAAAAAAAUGUAGUUCAGAAAUUAUCGUCGUGAUCAGACCAGGGAUGUGCGCUACUGGCCAUAUGGCCUGCUCCAAAAUGAAAACACUAAGCCGACUACCAAAUUUUAAAUAAAAAAAAAACAUCUUGGCUGUCGUCGGCGCAUUAUUAGGAUAAAUUAAUUAUAUUACACUGCCAUCGAUAUGUGUGACAAUUUUCAAAUUAUUCAGACUUAUUACAGUUUUUAUACAUGGAUAAAUAGAUAAAGCUAAAAAAGGCGUCUUUGAAAACAGUUAUAAAAUAAUUGCUUCAGUUCGAAAUGGUGACAAGUUUGAGUUAAUUUAGAAAAAUCAAAUAAGUAUGAGAACUAGUUCCAUUCAUUGUAAUCCCCGAGCUCGAAAUAGAAACAGUAAUAUAAUUAAACUCUACAGUAAAUAGGUCCUGAGUAAUUUAAUUUCUCUAUGAUGUCGUUUGAACGUGUUUCUGUUUGGCUAUUCUUUGUAACUGAAGUACUGAUACGAUGUUUAAGUGCACUGACUCCAUGUCGAGAAUAAUAAAGGUACGGUGCAAUUGAGACUUCGAACUCAUGUCCGCUUACUCCCUCAUCUAUCUGCACAAAAUAAAAACCCUAGAAACAGAACCACCGAUUUGAUGAAAAUUUUGUACUUUUAAAUGUGAUUAAAAUUAUGUAUGUAUGUUAGUAUUUAUUUUUAAAUCUCAACUAUUUAUCGCGUUAAUCUGAUAUAUGACAAUAAAUCACAUUUUUUCACAAUCAACCGAGGUUCCAUUUAAUUUGUGCAAUCAUAAUACAUAUUUUAUACAAUGUCGUUCUGAAAUUUUAAUUUAUUUUGAUAUAAUUUAAUUAAAUGCAUAAUAAAGCAACAGAGAGGUUCGUGUCGGUAAUGAAUCAUAACGAAAUUCAGUACAGUUUAAAACUUACUCUUUAACUAAUAGUUACAUGCAUCUGAUGAACUCUUACCGUGUUUAAGGUCGCUUCACAUACAUCGCGAUCGCGCGACGGAUCCAAAUUGAAAGAGAAUAUUUUAGUUCAUUAUUUAUCGACUAUUUUAAAAUAAUAAAAUGACUGGUAUUGGUUUCUUUAAAUAAUUGAAAAAUAAUUUUGACACAUAAUAAUUAUUUAGGCACCACGAUUUGGGGUAGCGAAAGGUAAAUCUUUUUUAUUUUUGUUUUAUAAACUGAAUUUCGUAUACACCUAGAAAUUACUAUAUUUAACUUAUUCUUAUAAAUGAGUCGUCUAUUAUCAAAGGUGGCAAUCUGUACAUUUGGACAAAAAAAAUGUUAUUGAUAUGUCAAUACAGAUUGAUUUGAAUAUAAUCGUCUCCUUCAAAGAAUACGGUUCAAAACCUGCAUUAAAUAAAGGUUAAUAGUUAACCUGUUAUUUAUCUAAGAUGUCGUUCCGAAGAGUUUUGGGACUGCCAAUGGAAUACAAAGUCAAUAAUUCGUUUUUCUGAUUUACCAAUCAUUGUCCAAAAGUCAGAUUGCCGCCUUUGAUAAUAGUCGACUCAAAUGCAACUGUAACGCGCCUGUUUUCAUUUUAAGAAAUAAUUAAAAUGUUACUGUUUGGUUGUUUAUACAUGUACAUAAUAACCUUGUAUGUGAAAAGACCUUUAUUUAAUUAAUACAGGUAUAUUAUAGAACUUUUGUUGAUUUUUUUUUGCAUUACAAUAUUCAUUAUAAAAUAAACUGUAAAAUUAAUUGCAUUCUGUAUGAAAACCGAAUUCCUACAUAAAUAAAUGUUCGGUGUAAUUAAUAUAUUAGAAACAGUAGAGAAUAGUCUGUGGUGCAGUUUAAGAAUUAAUUUUAUGUAUUGAAAGAUUUACUUUAUUCAAUAGUUUAAAUAUAUUAGUUGAAUAGUUAUUUGUAGCAUGCAAGGUAUUUCUGAGUGAACAAGACGUUUUGUGCCAUACAAGAAAUGUACUAUGAGAUGUUACGUUUCGAGUCGAGACGAAUAACUUUCAUGUGGAUAGCAUGGUUUUAUAAAUAAAGAAUGUAACUAUUA